UUCAUUGUUAAAUAUAUUUUUGUGAUCGCCGUAGGCCGAGGGAUGCAUCUGAGAGUACCCGAGAUGGAAUGGCAAGACAGUUGAUUUGAACGAUUGAGAGUAUGGCGAUCUCAAAACGGUAUGUAGAACUGGUACUGGCAUCGUUGCUUGUGCUCACAGCUAUAGCAAAUGUAUCGUGCUGGAAAAAGGAAGAGUUUCGAAAUUGCAGACAAACCCCUUUCUGCAAGCAAGGGCGAGCAAGAAAACCCCACACAUCUCAUCUCAAAGCUGUCGACGUUUCCCUCCAAGACGGAGCGCUAACCGCCAGGCUCGAAUCCACGAUCUCUGACGACCAAAAUAAUGUUCCUCCGGCCUUAAUACUUGAAAUCUCUGUAUACCAGGACGGCAUUCUGCGAUUUAAGGUCGACGAAGAGGCGGCAGAAGACAAAAGAAAGCGCUUUCAAGUCCCCGAUGUGCUGGUGGAAGACGUGGAGAACAAGAAGUUGUGGCUGCAAAGAGUAAACCAAGAGAAGAAAGAUGGGGUUUUGUCCUCUGUAUUUUAUCUUGCGCCCGGUUAUGAGGGUGUCCUGCAACAUGAUCCUUUUGAGGUUUAUGUUCGCAAAGGGAAGGAGCGUUUAAUUUCGUUUAACAGCAAGGGUCUUUUUCAUUUUGAACAAUUGAGACAAAAGAAUGAAGAAGAAAACUGGGAGGAAAGCUUUCGUAGCCAUACCGAUUCGAGGCCCCACGGCCCCCAGGCUGUGAGUCUAGAUGUGUCAUUUCACGGAGCUAAAUUUGUAUAUGGAAUCCCCGAACAUGCUGCUGGUUUGGCCCUUAAACCAACCAGAGGUCCCAAGGUCGAAUCUGAGCCCUACCGCUUGUUUAACCUCGAUGUGUUUGAGUACCUUCCCGAUUCUCCCUUUGGCAUUUAUGGCUCCAUUCCCUUUAUGACCUCUCAUUCCAAGGAGUCCACAACGGGGUUUUUCUGGCUUAAUGCCGCAGAGAUGCAAAUAGAUGUCAUGACAUCCGGCUGGGAUGAGGAUCAUUCUGGGGCUGCAAUUGAUACUCAUUGGAUGUCGGAAAGUGGUAUUGUGGAUGGGUUCUUUUUCCUAGGUCCCGACCCCAAGGAUGUAGUAAGGCAGUACACCAGCCUCACUGGAACUUCCACCAUGCCCCAGCAUUUCGCCACUGCGUAUCAUCAGUGCCGUUGGAAUUACAGGGACGAGGAAGAUGUGGCUGAGGUAGAUGCUAAAUUUGACGAGCUUGAUAUACCCUAUGAUGUUCUCUGGCUUGAUAUUGAGCACACUGAUGGCAAAAGAUAUUUUACCUGGGACAAGGUACUCUUUCCUAACCCGGUAGAGAUGCAGAAUAAGCUUGCGGCUAAGGGCCGACACAUGGUGACCAUUGUGGAUCCUCAUAUUAAGAGGGAUGAUGGUUUUCCACUACACAAGGAGGCUGCUCGGAAAGGAUAUUAUGUUAAGGAUGCUCAUGGGAAGGACUUUGAUGGAUGGUGUUGGCCGGGUGCAUCAUCCUAUUUAGAUAUGUUGAAUCCAGAGAUCAGAUCGUGGUGGGCUGAGAAGUUUUCUCUAAGCAACUAUGGUGGUUCGACGCCUUCUCUGUACAUAUGGAAUGAUAUGAACGAGCCUUCUGUGUUCAAUGGUCCAGAGUUGACAAUGCCUAGAGAUGCUCUUCAUUAUGGAGAUGUUGAGCAUCGCGAUGUCCACAAUGCAUAUGGUUAUUACUUUCACAUGGCUUCGGCUGAUGGUCUUCUGAGACGAGGAGGUGGAAAUGAUAGACCAUUUGUAUUAUCACGAGCAUUUUUUGCGGGAACACAGAGGGUGGGUGCGGUUUGGACUGGAGAUAAUGCAGCAGAAUGGGAGCAUUUGAGAGUUUCUGUACCCAUGGUGUUGACUCUUGGUCUUACUGGACUUGCGUUUUCUGGUGCUGAUGUAGGUGGAUUCUUUGGAAAUCCCGAGCCUGAAUUAUUACUUCGUUGGUAUCAAUUAGGUGCUUACUACCCUUUCUUUAGAGCUCAUGCACAUCAAGACACCAAGAGGAGGGAGCCCUGGCUGUUUGGGGAUCGAAUGACCGAGUUGAUUCGAGAGGCAAUUCACAUUCGUUAUGCAUUGCUUCCAUACUACUACACACUAUUUAGAGAGGCUAGUGUUAGUGGAGCUCCAGUCAUGCGUCCCCUGUGGAUGGAGUUCCCAAAUGAUGAGUUGACAUUUUCUAACGACGAGGCAUUUUUAGUUGGAGGCAGUUUGUUGGUCCAGGGUAUCUACAAUGAGGGAGCUACUUCUGUCACAGUCUACUUGCCAGGUUCACAGUAUUGGUAUGACUUGAGAACUGGAGCUGUGUACACUGGUGGUGAACACUAUAAGUUGGGUGUGUCCGAUGAGAGCAUACCUGCUUUCCAGAGAGGUGGGACCAUUAUUCCUCGCAAGGACAGAUUUCGCCGCAGCUCCACUCAAAUGGCUGGGGAUCCUUACACACUAGUCAUAGCAUUAAAUGGAUCAUUGGAGGCUGAAGGCGAGCUCUAUGUGGAUGAUGGGAGAAGUUAUGAUUAUGAGAAGGGGAUAUACAUCUAUCGACGGUUUGUUUUUUCAAAUGGUAGACUUACCUCCACGAACCUUGCGUCUGAUAAGUCAAACAAGAAAACAUUAUUUUCAAAUUGUAUUGUGGAGAGAAUCAUAAUAUUGGGUCUGCAGUCAAAGAUCUCAUCAGGAGGAAGAACUGCUCUUGUUGAACCAUCAAAUCGAAGAGUAGAUAUUGAGGCUGGGCCACUUAAGUUGCGGCCAAAAUCAUAUCCUCUUGCAGUUAUUGUGAGGAAACCGAAUGUUCAGAUUGAUGAGGAUUGGUCAAUAAAAAUAUUGUAGACCAUUCGAUCUAGGUGUUGAACUAUGGUGGCCAAAAAGCCCUUUCUGUCAAAAUGAACUAACUCAAUUUUCCUCAUUUAAAUGCAGAGCCUUUAUUAAAUGCUUAUUUUCUGUAACAAGUUUCUUAGAUUUUGGCCGGCUGAUAUGCAAUAUUACAAGUGGGUAUAGAGGGCUGGAAUUUGGUGGCCCCCUGUUUCUCAUCUUUAAACAUAGUUUUGGCGGACAUUUCAAACUCUGCACCGUAAAAUUGGACCAAGUCCAGUAGUUAAUGAAAUUUUUCGUUACAGCUA